AUGGUUAUUAGUGUGCUAGAAACUUCCAACCUAACUACCACACCACUAUUAUUUUUAAGUAGAGAGCCUUUAAAAUACCCAGCUCUUUCAGGCUGACUUCUAAUAGUAGCACUACAAGAAUUUAAUAGUAAAAAUCUGGAGAGCAAAUAUUUGUUUUUCCAGUUUUUUUGGAUUUCACUCAACUGGCCUUCAACUGGUCACGCCACAACCUGCCACCCACAGCCUCUGAUGGAAGAAAUCUGCAUUUAGUAACAUAAAUACUGGCUGUUUUAUCUCAUAUCCAUGUCAAGCGGGCGCAGCCAGCGCUGAGGUCUCGCCACGGGCAGCGUGGCUGCUGCGCAAAAUGAUCAAAUGCACCCUGCCCGACAGCCACCCGCUGCUGGACUUCAACGGCUACGGCUGCUACUGCGGCUUGGGGGGCAGUGGCACCCCAGUGGACGAGCUGGACAGGUGCUGCCAAGUACAUGAUAACUGCUACUCACAGGCAAUGAAAAUGGAAUCCUGCAGAUUCCUCGUGGACAACCCCUACACCAAGUGGUACCGCUUCAGCUGCUCCGAGGGGCAGAUCACAUGCAGCAGCAAGAACAAGGAGUGCGCCAUGUUCAUCUGCAACUGCGACCGCGCCGCUGCCGAGUGCUUCGCCAAGGCGCCCUACAACCCCGAGAAUAAGAAGCUGGAUACCGACAAAUACUGCAAAUAAUCGCCUCAGGGCGGCCGCAGGACCAAAUAAACAAAUAAAUAACCUAA